AUGCAUUUCCUCGUCAUUGGCGCAACAGGCCGAAAUGGCUCUUUGGCUGUUCAAGAAGCCCUCUCUCGAGGACACACAGUUACCGCCCUCGUCCGCAACACAACAACCGCCAAACUUCCCUCUCACUCAAAUCUCACUCUUAUUCAGGGCAUCCCAACUUCAGAGUCAGAUAUUACCAAGGCCCUCACAACUCCUCAACCACCUCAGGUUGUCAUCACAGCGCUUGCACAAGUCCGUGUCACCGAAUCGCCUUUCGCUGCACUGCGCCCUGACACCACGCCUGAUUUCAUGGCUAUCAGCAUGACUGCUCUCAUCGCAGCCAUCAACAAAGCUGAACUACUCACUAAGCCUAAGAUUGUCGUCAACUCAGCUCAGGGCGCUGGCUCUUCAUGGCGCUCGAUGAACCUUCCUGGAAAGAUGUUGUUUAGCCAUGGGAGCAUGGGAGUUGGUCUCAAGGAUCACAACGAAGUCGAUCGUCUUGUCAGAAAGAGUGGUUUCGUCUUUGUUCUUUCACGACCGGUCAUGCUCGCAGAGGGUGAGGCUCGACCAGUCAAGGUUUGGCCUGAUGAUGGAAAGGGCUGUGCAUGGAUGCCCAAGAUUACAAGGGAGAGUUUAGGAAAGUGGCUCGUUGACGCAGCCGAGAGCAGCGAGUGGGAUGGAAAAGCACCUGUACUUAGCAACUAG